GCAAGAUGCCGCCGGUAGUGACACAGUCGGCCUGCCAGCCCUCCGAGCCCGAGCCCGGGCCAGGCUGGGGGUGGGAGAUGGAGGGUGAACGCCUUCCCAGCCUCCCGCCUGGGCGCCCCUCGAGUUCUUUACCUCGCUCCCCCCCUUGCACGCCCGCGGCGCAGACUGGGGCGCCCGGGAGCCCCCCGGAGUCGCGCGGGGCCGCUACGCGGGGGGCGGGCCAAGGCGCGGCCGAGCGGGCGGACCCUUGGCUUGGGUCCCAGGGGGCGGUGCAGGGCGCGAACGGUGCGGGUCCCUCCCAGGCGCGAGCAGAACAGGCGGCGCCCGGUGCGCGGAGCCAUGGACGGCAGCGGGCCCUUCAGCUGCCCCAUCUGCCUGGAGCCGCUCCGGGAGCCGGUGACGCUGCCCUGCGGCCACAACUUCUGCCUCGCCUGCCUGGGCGCGCUCUGGCCGCACCGUAGCGCGGGCGGCGCGGGCGGUUCCGGAGGGGCGGCCCGCUGCCCGCUGUGCCAGGAGCCCUUUCCCGACGGCCUGCAGCUCCGCAAGAACCACACGCUGUCCGAGUUGCUGCAGCUGCGCCAGGGAUCCGGACCCGGGCCCAUGCCCAGCCCGACCUCCACCCCGGCCCGGGGCCUAACGCCGGAGCCCUCGGCGCCCAGCGCGCCGCCCAGCGCCCCGGAGCCGUCGGCCCCCUGCGCGCCCCAGCCGUGGCCAUCUGGAGAGGAGCCCGUGCACUGCGACGCGUGUCCCGAGGGCGCGGCCCUGCCCGCGGCGCUCUCCUGCCUCACCUGCCUCGCUUCCUUCUGCCCCGCGCACCUGGGCCCGCAUGAGCGCAGUCCGGCCCUGCGCGGGCACCGCCUGGUGCCGCCGCUGCGCCGGCUGGAGGAGAGCCUGUGCCCGCGUCACCUGCGGCCUCUGGAGCGCUACUGUCGCGCCGAGCGCAUGUGCUUGUGCGAGGCCUGCGCCGCCCAGGAGCACCGCGGCCACGAGCUCGUGUCGCUGGAGCAGGAGCGCGCGCUCCAGGAGGCCGAGCAGCCGAAAGUCCUGAGCGCCGUGGAGGACCGCAUGGAUGAGCUCGGUGCCGGCAUCGCGCAGUCCCGGCGCACCGUGGCCCUCGUCAAGAGCGCGGCUGUGGCCGAGAGGGAGCGGGUGAGCCAGCUGUUUGCUGAGGCUGCGGCCACCCUGCAGAGCUUCCAGAAGGAGGUACUGGGCUUCAUUGAGGAGGGGGAGGCUGCCAUGCUGGGUCGCUCCCAGGGAGACCUUCGGCGCCAAGAGGAACAGCGCAGCCGCCUGAGCAGGGCGCGCCACAACCUCAGUCAGGUUCCUGAAGCUGACUCGGUCAGCUUCCUGCAGGAGCUCCUGGCACUACGGCUGGCCCUGGAGGAGGGGUGCGGCCCUGGGCCCAGCCCCCCAAGGGAGCUCAGCUUCACCAAGUCCUCCCAGGCUGUCCGGGCAGUGAGAGACGCGCUGGCCUCGGCCUGUGCCAGCCAGUGGGAGCAGCUGCGGGGGCAGGGCGGUGACGAGGACGGGCUGCAGAAGCUGGGCUCGGAAGCUGAUGCCGAGGCCCAGGACCCCGAUAGCACUAACCUCCUGGAGAGCGACGCGCCCAGGGACUAUUUCCUCAAGUUUGCCUACAUCGUGGACUUGGACAGUGAUACGGCAGACAAGUUCUUGCAGCUGUUCGGAACCAAAGGAGUCAAAAGGGUUCUGUGUCCCAUCAACUACCCCGAGUCCCCCACCCGCUUCACCCACUGUGAGCAGGUGCUGGGUGAAGGCGCCCUGGACAGAGGCACCUAUUACUGGGAGGUAGAGAUCAUCGAGGGCUGGGUCAGCGUGGGGGUCAUGGCCGAAGGCUUCUCCCCGCAAGAACCCUACGACCGGGGCCGGCUGGGCCGCAACCCGCACUCCUGCUGCCUGCAGUGGAAUGGACGCAACUUCUCCGUCUGGUUUCACGGGCUGGAAGCGGCCCUGCCCCACAGCUUCUCGCCCACAGUCGGGGUCUGCCUGGAGUAUGCCGACCGUGCCCUGGCCUUCUAUGCUGUGCGUGAUGGCAAGAUGAGCCUCCUUCGAAGGCUGAAGGCAUCCCGGCCACGCCGGGGUGGUGCCUUGGCCUCUCCGACUGACCCCUUCCAGAGCCGCCUGGACAGCCACUUUGCAGGGCUCUUUACCCACAGGCUCAAGCCUGCCUUCUUCCUGGAGAGUGUGGAUGCCCAUCUACAGAUCGGACCUCUCAAGAAGUCGUGCAUAACCGUGCUGAAGAGGAGGUGAUGGGGGCCGGUCACCUCCUGCAGCCACCCUGGUCUGGGUGGGCUUGCGUCGGGGGUCCACCUUGUCUCCAAGGAAGGCACCACCCUUAGAGUCCCACACAUCUCCAGCCUUCUUGCUUCUAGAGGUCUCCACCUUUUAUAACUUGGCCUUUCACCUCACUCUCAGGGAGGAGGCCCCCCCACCAAGCCUUGUUUUGGGGAGAAAGAACUUCAGCUGGGACAGAUCCAACCCUCUCCUUUUCUAGGUUUCUAGAACAGUGCCUGGCAUGCAGUAAGUGCUCAAUAAACAUUUGCUGAAUGAAUGA